GAAACUGCAAGCAUCAGUCGAAUUUACGGCUUCUACGACGAGUGCAAACGCCGAUACAAUGUGAAAUUGUGGAAGCGGCUCACCCAAACCAUGAACUGCAUGCCAAUCUGUGCCUUGAUUCGAAGCCGGAUCUUCUGUGUCGCGUCGGGCCUUUCUCCCGAACUUCUCACGCUG